CGCCUCAUCCCCCACUACCCCCUCUACAAUCGCGAUAUCUUUGCUGGCAAUGGCCUCCACUUCCCCUGUCAUCGCUGCUCGCCAUCUGGCUGACCUCGAGCCUACUCCUAGCAAGAAGGCUGCCGCUGCGUUCAAGUCCCUCUCCCUCGAUGCAUCAGCCGCGAAGAAGCCCAUCAUCGAUGAUGCUCGUCGCUCUCGUUCACCGGAGUCGCAAGGAGAUGAGCUCCAGGUCGCUCCCGCCGAGGAGGAUGAUGUUGAGGAUUGGCGCAAGAGAUUUAUUGGUGAUGUUGAUCUUCCUGAACGCAUGGAGCCUCUUCUUAUGGAGUCUAAGCGUCGUUUCGUCCUCUUCCCUAUUCAAUAUCAUGAGAUCUGGCAAAUGUACAAGAAAGCCGAAGCUUCUUUCUGGACUGCCGAGGAGAUGGAUCUUUCUAAGGACCUCCACGACUGGAACAACCGUCUGAACGACAACGAACGCCACUUCAUCUCCCACGUCCUUGCCUUCUUUGCCGCCUCGGACGGUAUUGUCAACGAAAAUCUCGUCGAGCGUUUCUCCAACGAGGUCCAAGCCGCCGAGGCUCGCUGCUUUUACGGUUUCCAGAUCAUGAUGGAGAACAUCCACUCCGAGACCUACUCCCUUCUCAUCGACACGUACAUCAAAGAUCCCAAAGAGCGCGACUACCUCUUCGAUGCCGUCGAGACUAUUCCAUGUGUUAAGAGGAAGGCGGACUGGGCACUCAAGUGGAUCUCAGACAAAAGGGCGACUUUCGCUGAGCGUCUCGUAGCGUUCGCGGCCGUCGAGGGUAUCUUCUUCUCUGGCUCGUUCGCGUCGAUCUUUUGGUUGAAGAAGAGGGGGUUAAUGCCUGGUCUUACGUUCUCCAAUGAGCUUAUCACGAGGGACGAGGGCAUGCACACCGAUUUCGCUUGCCUGCUCUUCAGUCACCUGAAGAAGCGUCCUCACCCCGAUACCGUCCUCAGGAUCAUCACCGACGCUGUUCAGAUCGAACAGGAGUUCUUGACUGAUGCCCUCCCAUGUGCCCUCAUCGGCAUGAACUCUAAGCUUAUGCGCCAAUACAUCGAGUUUGUUGCCGACCGUCUGCUCCUCGCUCUCGGCGGUAACAAGCACUACAACUCGACGAACCCCUUCGACUUCAUGGACAUGAUCUCACUCCAAGGCAAGACAAACUUCUUCGAGAAGCGAGUGUCGGACUACGCGAAGGCCGGUGUCGCUGCUUCGGCGUCGGGGGCGACGUCGGGCCCUGCUGCUGAGGGUUCGAAGUCUUUCACGCUUGAUGAAGACUUCUAGACGUGUCGUCGCAUACCAUCUGUCUAUUUAUCAGGAUGAGGGUAUCGUCAUAUACUUUAACGGUCUAGCAUCCUCAUCACACCGCACAUCUACUUCAUCCCCUCUCACUUGUUCCCAUACUUGCAUUGCUUUGUUGUUCUCAUAGAUAUGCCGUCUUUAUAUCCUAGUUGUACCUGUACCAUCUGUCUCUGUCUACGUAUUCACAUGCAUGUUACUAUCACUUACUCACUUGGUCUCUGUCAUUUACAAUGCGAAUACACGCAUCUCAACUGUUUCACUCGUC